UGUUUUCCGAAAUCGACGUCGAGAUGUCUGCGAGAAAGUCUGGACCAUACAAGUUUAAGGCGAUUAAGUCUCAAGCAGGUGACCCCCAACGAAAUUCAUCUGUACAGUAUUUCUUCAGUCUCCCUGUGGUUCCACAAAUCACAGUUCCAAGUCUCCCAGGAAGACAGGAGCGGCCUGCUACCUCCACAUCAUGUGCGCCGCAACUGAGCCGACGCCCUUCACUGCCUCUGGAUGGUUGUGAUGAUGAUAUUGAUGACUUUGAUCUCAACAGUAGCUUUGUCACUGAGCCAGUCCGUCGGGCGGCGAAGACGGUGGCGGCGGACGCCCUCGCUGCCGACCGGCCGGUCCGCGCCGCCGACGGCCACCAGCUGGCGUCGGCGGCCGGGGAGGGCCCUGGCUCGGGACCGAAGGGCAGCGGGGACAGUGACUGCGAGAUCGUCAGCGUCACCAUGCCGGACCCAGCCGCCACGGGCGGCCGCUCGGCGCAGCUGGCGUCCGGCCGGCCGGCCGACUCUGGCGCAGGGCCGGCCGCGCACAUCGAGCAUCCGUCGCCGAGCCCGCCUGACCCGGGUCCACCGGACUGGCCUGUGGAUGAUGGUCCACCGGACUGGGCUGUGGAUGAUGGUCCACCGGACUGGGCUGUGGAUGAUGGUCCACCGGACUUGCCACCGGACUGGCCUUCGGACGAGGGCGAGGCGGACGAGACCGCGGCAGGCGGGCGCCACGACCGGGUGCAGCCUGCUCCGGUGGACGGUGAAGACGAGAUGAUCGCCUCCUCGCAGCCUGCAGCCGCCUGGACGAGCUGUGACGUCACCAUCCCACCUGCGGCGGCGGCGCCUCUGACCCCAACCAGUGGUCAAGAGCUGAGCCCGCAGGCGGCCAAGAUGGCCGCCAGGAUCUGCGACAUGCUGGGCGAGCUGCCGGCCGAGGCGCUGCGGCAGGUGCGCGGUCUGGACGCCAGCAAGUGCUGCCGCCUUUUGGCCGCCUACCGCAAGCUGCGCCUGGCCGACUGGUCGCCCGGCGGCGCUAGCGCCACUGCGCCGCCCGGCUGGACAAGCCCCGCGUGCGAUACUGCGCCGUCCGGCAACUACAACCCCGGGGCGCCCUGGUCUGGCGCGCCAGGUCCUGCCACACGGCCAGCCGCCGAACCGGCGCCGCCGCCGCCCCCCAGCGCGCCGGCCACAGCAGAGGCGUGGCCAGCACCGGCGGUCGACGGCAACAGAGCGACCGGCCCCGCCUCGUACGAAGCCGUCAACCUUGACCGUAGCCACCUGGCGGAGACUGAAGGCAAUGCCGAAGUGUCCAGCAACCGCGUCUGGGAGGUGCUCCGCACCAUGUUCGGCCUGCGCGAGUUCCGCGAGAACCAGAGGGAGAUUGUGACGGCUGCGCUGAAGAAGUGCGACACCUUCGUCCUGAUGCCGACAGGUGGGGGCAAGAGCCUCUGUUACCAGCUGCCGGCGCUGAUGGAGCCGGGCGUCACUGUCGUCAUAUCUCCCCUGAAAUCGCUGAUCCAGGACCAGAUCAGCAAGCUGAACUCCCUGGACAUCCCGGCCGCCCACAUGUCCGGCUUGAGUUCAAACGAGCAAGUGUUCCGCGAGCUGGCGCGGUCCAAGCCUGGUGUCAAGCUGCUCUACACCACCCCGGAAAUGGUCGUUAACAGCGGACGCCUGAAGAAGGCGCUCGUGUCUCUGCACAGGCGCCGUCUGUUCAGCCGACUGGUCAUCGAUGAGGCUCACUGCGUCUCCCAAUGGGGACACGACUUCAGGCCGGACUACAAACGGCUGCACGAGCUGCGCCAACUCUGCCCGGGCACGCCGGUGAUGGCGCUAACGGCCACGGCCACGCCGCGCGUUCGUGCCGACAUCCUGCAGCAGCUGGCACUGGAGGCGGACAACGUCAAAUGGUUUGUGUCCAGCUUUAACCGCCCCAACCUGCACUAUGCGGUACACACCAAGGAAGGCAACGUGACGGCCAGCAUAGCCGCUUACAUUCGCAAGACCUUCCCUGGCAAGACGGGCAUCAUCUACUGCUUGUCCAAGAAGGAUUGUGACGACGUGGCCGACGCUAUGCAGAAAGAAAAGAUCAAGGCUGCUUCGUACCACGCGGGACUGACGGACCAGCUGCGCUAUGACGUGCAGGACUGCUGGCUGAGAGGCGAGGUACACGUCAUUUGCGCCACCAUCGCCUUCGGCAUGGGCAUCGACAAGCCAAACGUCAGAUUCGUCAUACACCACUCGAUGCCGCAAAGCCUGGAAGGCCUGUACCAGGAGUCGGGACGCGCCGGUCGAGACGGCGCGUACGCCGAGUGCGUGCUGUACUACCAGUACCGGGACCUGAAGCGCAUCCUGACCAUGCUGAGCCGCGACCGGGAGAACCGCGGCGAAGCCUACGAAAAUCGCAAGGCGAACGCGUGGAAGAUGUGCCGCUACGCCGAGAACAUCUCCGACUGCCGGCGCUCGGCCGUGCUGCAGCACUUCGGAGAGCGCUUCGACCGGGCCGAGUGCCGGCGCGACCCGCGCACCGCCUGCGACAACUGCCGAAGCCAGGAGCCUGUCGUCGUCAAGGACGUGACGGCCAUCGCUCGGGAGGUGGUGGCCGACAUCCGAACCCUGUGCAGCGGCCGCCAAGCCGGCGACGUCACCGAGCACCAAUUUGUCGACGUUCUGAGGGGCAGCUCGGCCAAGAUGAUGGUCGCCCGCGGCUACAACAGCCUGUCCGUGUACGGCAAGUGCAAGAGCUGGGACCGCCAGGACUGCGGGCGUCUGAUGCACCACCUCGUCCUCGAGGACUACCUGCGGGAGGACAUGGUGCCCGGCGUCAAGAAUGUGGUCUUGGCGUACCUGAGGCCGGGCCGGCGCGCGUGCCAGCUGUCCGCCGCCGGAACACAGCACAAGGUGGAGCUGUCGUUCCUGCGCAGGUCUGGGGCGACCGGCGCCGGGCGCGGCCGCAGCAGUGUCGGACGUCCGGGCGCCGCCACCGGCCAGGCCACCCUGGCACGCGCCGCCGACGUGCCGGUGGCCUCCAUCAUGAACAUGCAGGCGCUGCACGACAUGGCCGACCAGCUGCCGACCACGCGCGAGCAGAUGCUCAGCAUCACGCAUGUGACCGUCGCCAACUUCAGCAAGUACGGCCAUCGCCUGCUGGAGGUGAUCCAGCCGCCCAUCUGA